GUGAAAGAUCAAAAGAACAAUUUCUUCUGUUUUUUGAAUUUUGCUGCAAAAAACUGGUUUGCUUUGUAUUUGUGCCUACUCUUUGUCAUUCAUCAUGAUUGCGUAAAAGCUGUUCAAACAUGCAGAAAAAACUUCGCGUAAAAACUUAGACUGGAGCUGAAUAAAGACCCAGAAAGGUACAACCAAAAGACAGAAUAAGACCCAGAAGGAUAUCAGAAUCAGAUGGUGCCUGCCCACAUGCCUCAAACCGAAUGAGCAAAGAUGAGAGGGCCCUCCCCAAGUCCAGUUGAACCCAGACACCGCCUAUCUGGUUCAGCCAAUGAAGAUUCUAACAAAAGAAGGUCCCAGAGAAAUAAAGUUCUUAAAGAUAUUGAAAAGGCUCUCCACGUACAUGCUACAGAUAGAAUCUUAAAUUGCAAGCCUACCUUGAAGCUUGUGCUGAUCAUUCUUGUAUUUGGGACUUUUGUGACGCUCUUCCUCUCUUCAGCUGUUUAUAAUACAGAUCAUCUAUCCACUUCUGUAUCUCAGCUAACUUAUCAACACAUAUGGACGAAAAAGAGUGCUGCUGCAGAUCUACGUUACGUAACAUCUUUAAACAUUAACUGGAAUGAAAUUUCGGGUUUUAUUGAAAACCUGACUGACAGAAAAGAUAAUCUGGGAAUUGGGCUAUUAAACUUUAACCACAAUGAGAUUGACCAUUGGAAGGAGCUCUUGCCAGAUUGUGAACAUGUUGUUCUAAACCUCAACUAUGCGGCAAAUAACAUAACAUGGGAAUCCCUGUAUCCUGAAUGGAUAGAUGAAGAACAAGAGUCCGAAGUCCCUGCUUGUCCCUCUCUACCAAAGCUUCAAAUUCCUGGAAAACCGCAUCUUGAUCUGGUUGCUGUCAAGCUUCCCUGCAACAAGUCAGGCGGCUGGUCAAGAGAUGUGGCUCGGUUGCACUUGCAGCUUGAAGCAGCAAGGCUGGCUGCCUCUUCCAAAGGAUAUCAUCCUGUGCGUGUGCUUUUGGUGACUGACUGUUUCCCAAUCCCAAAUUUAUUCACGUGCAAGGAUCUUGUUAGACGUGAAGGGAAUACAUGGCUCUAUGAACCAAACCCGAAUAUGUUGAGAGAUAAGUUACAGCUCCCUGUAGGGUCAUGUGAACUUGCAGUUCCUCUCAAGGCUAAAGAACAUGUUUACUCCCAAAGAGCCCACAGAGAAGCAUAUGCGACAAUCCUACACUCUGCCCAUGUAUAUGUUUGUGGAGCCAUUGCUGCAGCUCAAAGCAUCCGAAUGGCUGGUUCAACACGAGAUCUUAUCAUACUGGUAGAUGAAACAAUCACUGAGUAUCAUCGAGGGGGAUUGGAGGCUGCUGGGUGGAAGAUCCACACAAUCCAAAGAAUCAGGAACCCUAAAGCUGAACCAGAAGCGUACAAUGAAUGGAACUACAGCAAAUUCCGUCUUUGGCAGUUGACGGAUUAUGACAAGAUCAUUUUCAUUGACGCGGACAUGCUUAUACUUCGAAAUAAUGCUAGUUUGUUCAACUCAGGUGUGAUGGUUGUGGAACCAUCAAAUUGUACUUUCCAGCUGCUCAUGGAUCAUGUCAAUGAAAUUGUAUCCUAUAACGGCGGGGAUCAGGGGUAUCUGAAUGAGAUAUUUACGUGGUGGCACAGGAUCCCAAAACAUAUGAACUUCUUGAAACAUUUCUGGGAAGGUGAUGAGCCGGAGAUAAAGCAGAUGAAAACUCGCCUCUUCGAAGCUGACCCUCCAAUCCUCUAUGUCCUCCAUUAUCUGGGCAAUAAACCAUGGCUAUGCUUCCGUGACUAUGACUGCAACUGGAAUGUAGAUUUUAUGCAGGAGUUUGCUAGUGACGUUGCACAUAAAAGGUGGUGGAAAGUGCAUGAUGCUAUGCCCCACAACUUGCAAAACUUCUGCUUGCUCCGGACAGAGCAGAAGGCAGGCCUAGAGUGGGAUCGGAGGCAAGCCGAGAAAGCAAAUUACACUGAUGGCCACUGGAAAAUUAAGAUAAAAGACGAUCGUUUGAAGACAUGCUUUGAGGAAUUCUGCUCCUGGAAGAACAUGUUACGGCACUGGGGUGAAAAGAAUUGGACGGAUAAUGCUAUUAUUACUCCAUCACUACCUGCACUUACUACUGCAUCUGUCUCUUCGUGAUGACUUGUUUUCUUCUUUCAUACUUGCGUACUUCCAUUCUGAAGACACAAAUCAACAAAUAGUGUAUCUGCUUAAAACUCAGUUAGGCUAGCUCAUCGAUUCUUUUGUAAAAUUUUGUGCCCAUAUUCCCCAAUACGUCUUACACAAAUGUUUCCAUCAA